AAUCUACCAAACAACAAAACCCCAAAUCACCAACAUGCAGAGAUUCGUAGCUUUCGUUGCUUUCCUCGCCUGCGCUGCUGCCGCUCCCGCUCCUGGACUUCUGCUGUCUCAUGCGACCCCAGUAGUCGCUGCGGUCCACGCUGCCCCCGUUGUCCACGCCGCUCCAGUAGUCCAUGCCGCAGUACCAGUCAUCGGCUCCAAGACUACCAUCACUAAGAGCAGCCAACUCGUCAACCAUGGAUCUCCCGUCGUACACGCUGUCCACGCCGUCCACACCCCAGUGGUCGCUGCUGUUCCUGUUGUGAAGACCGCUGUUGUUCACGCUACCCCCGUGGUCCAUGCCCCAGUUGUCCACGCUGCCCCAAUCGUCCACGCUACCCCAGUGGUCCACGCUGCACCAGUCGUCCACGCUGUUGCCCCUGUUGUUGUCAAGACCGCUCCUUCCGCGGUCGCUCACAGCAGCUCUGUCGUCCAUCACUCCGCCAUCAAGGCUAUCCCAGUCGUGGCUCUCCAUUAAAUGUGAUAUAUCUUUUAUAAACGAUACCUUAGAAUAAACU